CCACACGGUUUCUUAAACUUUGUACAGUGAGGUGUGUCCAAAGAAUUGGAUAGCAUUUAUUAUUCUCUGUUUUAUAAUCAUUCCCCAUAGGUCAUGAUUACUAUCUAGAAACCACUUAAUCUAACUGUAACAGUAAGAUCCUUUAUCUGUAAUAAUGAGUGUGACAAAAUACAGAAUCAAGCUUACUUCAGGUUACUUACACUGAAAUGGCAUAAUUUCCUCAUAUUUUACCCUUUUGUGGGAGACCUUUCAAAGGUUGGAAAAGACUGGAUUAAGAAAUUUACUGAAGUACUUUUGACUGCAGUAGGUCGUUGUAGAUCAACAUUAUCACCAGUUACUUAUAAUUUUUUAAAUUUACUAUGUGCUAGAAAUACUGCUUUUUUAUUCGGUUUUAGCUGUUAUUUGUGCUUUCAGGUAACUAAAAUUAAAUAUCUGGGUUGCCUUUAGUAAGAGGCCUCAGGCAAUGUGUUUUUUGUACUUAGUUUCAAGAGUUACUGUAAACUUAUAAAGCAAAACAAAAUGUCCACCAUUUAGUUUGAAAUGUUAACCAGUGUUAACUUUAUGCUUGAUUUUUUUUUUUCCUGCACCACAAGGACAUUGGCCUAAUUUCUUUAGAUGUUGAUUUGUAAUGUCAUUAAUGUCUGAAAUGGAAGGGAUAUGACAAACAUUUAAGAUUACAAUUAUUGGGUUUCAGAGCUCACAGGGAAUUCCUUCAUUAGUCACAUGAUCUGACCAAUGGUGUUCUGAUUAAUAAAACUACAUUCUAAAUGCAAAGCUUUAAAAGGGAGGUUUUCUAAUGCUGGUGCCUCAAGUAAGCAACAGAAGUGAAUUUAUCUUCAUGUUCAUUUUAGAUGCUCUGUGGAAAUUUUCAGUAUGGAUAUUAAUAUUUUGGCACAAAUGUCCAAGAAGUAACGUGCUACAGGGAUUUAUGCGUGUCUGGUAUAGGUCUGUGGCUCAUAAGAUUGCCAGUAGGUGUGUUGAAGUGACAAAGUAUUAGAAGAAGAAUACAAUUGAUAUAGAAUACUAUGCAAAACAGAGUUUAUCCUUAUCUUAUUAAUCAUUAAUUAUUGUAUUAUUUUUCCAUACCAUCAACUGUAGACCUACUUUAGCCCCACCAUGUAUAAAUCCAAAGAAAACCGACAGUCAUCUAUGGAGGCUUCAUGAUUUUUUUUUUUUUUUACAGGCUAACAAAAAAUUGUGUGUUUCUCAGCUUUUUGAAAUACCAAAGAGUUUUUUUUCCCAAAGACUUUUUUCUCUUGUUUUUAAACAGCUUUAUUGAGGACUUUGCUCAGCAAGCAAAAGAAAAACUGAAUAAAGGAGAGGAAACCAACAAAGAUACCUUUGGAAAAUCUGAAUGUGGCAAAAUAAGAACAAUGGAUCUCAAGUUCAACAAUUCCAGGAAAUAUAUUUCUAUAACUGUCCCGUCCAAAACCCAAACAAUGUCACCACAUAUCAAGUCAAUAGAUGACAUUGUAGUGCUUGGCAUAAAUCUUAGCAGAUUUAACAAACUUACUCAAUUUUUCAUAUGCGUUGCUGGAGUUUUUGUAUUUUACCUCAUUUAUGGAUAUUUACAGGAAUUAAUAUUUUCAGUGGAGGGUUUUAAGCCCUAUGGCUGGUACCUUACAUUAGUACAGUUUGCAUUUUACUCCAUAUUUGGCCUAAUAGAACUUCAGAUUAUUCAAGACAAAAGAAGAAGAAUACCAGGAAAAACCUACAUGAUAAUAGCUUUUCUUACUGUGGGUACUAUGGGGUUAUCAAAUACUUCUUUGGGCUACCUGAAUUAUCCGACCCAAGUCAUCUUCAAGUGCUGCAAGUUGAUUCCUGUAAUGCUAGGAGGAGUUUUUAUUCAAGGCAAGCGUUACAAUGUUGCAGAUGUGUCUGCUGCGGUGUGUAUGAGCCUUGGCCUGAUAUGGUUUACACUUGCUGACAGCACAAUUGCACCCAAUUUCAACCUAACAGGUGUGAUCCUUAUUUCCCUGGCACUAUGUGCUGAUGCUGUUAUUGGAAAUGUUCAAGAGAAGGCUAUGAAACUGCAUAACGCCUCUAACUCAGAAAUGGUUUUGUAUUCGUAUUCAAUCGGUUUUGUGUACAUUUUAUUGGGAUUGACAUGCACCAGUGGAUUAGGCCCUGCAGUAACAUUUUGUUCAAAGAAUCUAAUGCGAACCUAUGGUUAUGCUUUUCUUUUUUCCCUCACUGGGUAUUUUGGAAUUUCCUUUGUCCUGGCUUUGAUUAAAAAUUUCGGUGCACUUCUUGCUGUAACAGUGACAACAGGAAGAAAAGCCAUGACCAUUGUACUUUCAUUUAUAUUCUUUGCUAAGCCAUUCACAUUUCAGUACAUAUGGUCUGGUUUGUUAGUUGUCCUUGGUAUAUUUCUCAAUGUUUACAGCAAAAAUAAGGAUAAAAUAAAACUACCAUCGAUAUAUGAUCUGAUAAACAAAACAGUGGAAGUGAAAAAAUCAAGGACGUUGGCACAAACUGUGUAGGCGGUGAUGCCUGCUGUUUCAUAUAGAAUUCUAAGGACCAAUCAUCAAUUAAUUCACUUGCCAAAGGGAUUAUUAUAAAAACCAAAGGAACUGACGGCAUUUGUGACUGGAUUACAUAUGAAGUCAGCCCUUUUCCUCAGAGCACUUUUUGAAUGUUCAGCUUCUGAAGCAAUCAAGAGAGCAGCAUCUGUCACACCUUAGAAUAAUAUGUCAAUAUAAAGGACUGUAAUUAUGAACAGUUUGUUGAGAAUUUCACUGGAAAUGGACCAUGGUGUAAGACUAAUUAGAUAUCAUUAUGGCAUAUCAGAGAAACUGAUAUGUAAUAGACUGUUUUGUCUUCAUUCCAUUUUGGUGGUAUUUAAAUUGAUUCUCUGUUAUAAGAGUGAACUGAUGAUUUAAAGUCUAGUGAUAAUAACUUCAUUAUAAAUAAAAAUUAUUCUGUGAUUAUUUUAUUAAAGAAUGUAUUGAUAGAAUUUUGUUAUAAAGAGGGAAGUAAAGAUUGGAGUAAGGCUUUACAUAAACUUUAAAACUUAGGGCUUUCUCUGAUAACUUAAAAAUAUUCUUUAGAGAAAACAUGCUUUAAUUUUUCUGUGAAAUAUAGCCAGUAUAGUAAAAGGAGACAACAUACUGCACCCUAUAAGUAUAUAUCACAAGAAAAACUUGCACUAUUCAUCAAAGAGGUGCUAAAAGAUUUAAUCAUUAGGAUUCUUUAAUUGAAGGCAAAAUAAUUGAUGUCUUAAAUUAUUAUAAAAUAAUAAAAUUGUCAUCAUUUUUCUUACACAAUUGAAUUUGGAAUGUAUUUUGUCAGGUUGCAGAUGUAAUAAGGUAACCUUAAGAAAUACAAAUAGAUACAGCAAAUUUGUAGUUUGUUGCUUGCAAGGUUUUCAUCUAAACUCAUAAGAUUUUUUCCCUUAUGUUUUAACAGUGAGUUUUUGGAAUUGCUUCCACUAUAUUUUUUAAAAUGCUAUUAAUCUUCAUUUUCAGUGUAAGUAAUGUUGAUUAAAACAGUAUCUCUGCUAUUGGUGAUAUUACUUGUAUUUUGUCAGUAUAAUAUACUUGGAAUAUUUAAUCUCAAUUCUUAAAAUUCUGUUGUAUGAUGAUGGUGACUUUAACCUGUUAUGUGCUUUUGUACAACAGAGCUCGUGGCAAUUUAAGAAUCUAGCAUAAGGAA